UUUUUCCCAGUCCAGUCGCUGUAGCACCCACCGCCUCUUCCAGAACUUCUCUUCAAGGACACCAGUUUUGAGGCUGCAAGCUUUCUUUCCCCAAUCUAUCGCCUAUAACUACGUUGUGCUAUGGCAACUGGUUCUCAAAGUCACAGAGCGCAAGCUUAGGUCUUGAGACGGGGGCCAUAAUAUUGUGCAAAUGGCAAUUUUGGUGUUUUAGAUAAUUGGUUUUUUACACUAAAAAUAUAUGUAAUUUAAGAACAUGGUAUGUUGUGUGUUACUGUUGGUGUGAUCAUCGUGAGCAGACCACUUGUGGAGGAGAACACCCAGCAGCACACGAGCACCAUCAGGGCGACCUGGACGAGUGGGCCAGGCCGUGGAGGAGCAGUCAGUACUACCCCAGCCACGGUGCAGGUGUCGGGGUGCUGGCAGAGGCGGGAACCAUGAGUGCACCACCCACCUAAUACUCUCCACCGGAGAACUACCAAAUGGAUUUCAAGCAGAUGAGCAAGUAGUGCGGAGACAAUGUGUGAAGUGACCUGAGGAGGACUGUUUGCAGGACGUGCUCGUCGUGGACUUGGUGACGUACACGUGAACUAAGUGGUGGUGGUGGUGGUGAUCCUGUUGGUGCUAACUGUUGCUGGUGCUCCCUCCUUGCCUUGUUCUGUACCAACCUGCGUCCUUAAUCACAUGAUCUUCAUCUUGUCUUCAUUUCUUAUCCCGUCCCUCCUCCUCUUAUUUUAUUCUUGCCAUACAUCCUCCCCUUCUCCCACAAACCACGAUUUGAGCAACAGAAACAGAAAGACUAAUACAAUGUCUGUUGUGGUGUAUGUGUUGGUGGGAGUGUUGGAGUGGGUGCUGGCGGUGGUGUACGGGGUGGUGGUGGUGGGCAAGCUGGCGUGGGCGUGGUGCAGGGGCGCCCUCAACCAGUGCCAGGACCGCGACGUCCCCCCGCCCUGUCUCCACAACCCAGCCCUCGGCAGACACAAGUUCGUCAAGCUCCAGCGCCUGAAGCUUCACUACGUGGAAGCCGGAAGCCCGGAAAACCCGCUGGUGGUGAUGAUCCACGGAGCACCAGACUUCUGGUUCACUUGGAGGAGACAGAUCCCCUCCAUCAGCAACGCCUACUGGGUGGUGGCAGUGGACAUGCGUGGUUGUGGGGACUCGGACACCCCUCAUCUGAGAACACACUACACCACCUCCCUUCUCGCCGACGAUAUCGCCAGCCUCAUCAGGAUCCUGGGUCGGAAGAGUGCCCACCUGGUGUGUGCUGGUGUGGGUGGGCAGGUUGGGUGGUACAUGUGCUACAACUAUCCGCAACUAGUCUCAAAGAUGGUACUCAUCCACUCCCCGCAUCCAUACGUCAUCCGCCAGCAUGUCAACUCCUUGUGGAUGAACUAUUACAAGGCUUGGUACUUGUUGUUUGUGCGGCUACCGUUGCUGCCGGAGAUAGCGGCGUCCGUGAACGACGUGUGUUUGGUGGACCAGCUCCUCGGACCCCUUGUCAGAACAAAGGCUAUCACAGAGGACGAGGUCGAGGCUUACAAGUUCACUUUCUCCAGAAGAAAGGACUGGACGGGCUCCAUGCACCACCUGCGUCAGCUGGACCUGACGAGGCUGAGGGAUGAUGAACCUCUCCCUGACGUGAUCACCAAACCCACGCUCCUCAUCAUGGGGGACGCCGACCCUCUACUGCCCCUUGACACCGCCUACCGCUCUGCUGAGUACGUGGAGAGGAUCACCAUCAAGCCAGUACCCGGCUCUGGGUACCUAUCCCACGUGAGCCGGGCGCCCCAGGUGAACGAAGUGGUCACAGAGUUCUUGCGGGAACUGCCCUGGAGGCCGCUCUCCCCGCUCGAGCCGGCAGCGAAGUCCUCCUCCCUCGUCGGCCGGGUGAUGGGGGCCAGCUUCGCCGCCGUCACCUCCACCGUCAACAAUUUUUAUAACCUGACAGGACCUCGGGGGCCCUGGAGAUGACGCGAUCCCUGCCCGGAGGCCUGAUGAGCGUGGCCCAGGCGUCCUUCAAGGUGGCAGAGUCCAAGCUGGGGCUGGAUAAUAUCUACUGACCUGACUGAGGAGCUUCACUAAAGAAGGCUUCGUGGCGAAAACCGACAUUUACUGAGGAAGAUCGUCAGAUUACACUCUAAAAGGAAAGAGUUCCGCUGGAGUCAUUUUUAACCGAGUAGGAUCAUCUAAAUUUCUUUUAAUGGAGGAAGGAUACAAGAAAUGUCUUUUAAAAAUGGGAAUUUUCCAAUAAAGAAAAGGCUUCCAGUAUUGGCGGCAUUAAAAGGUGCUACAUUGUGAUACCAAUUUAGUUUGGCCAGGUAUGCAAUAUUCAUAGAUUAUUUUUGGUACUUUUAAAAAUAAAUUACUAAAAAUAUAAGCAAACUUGGAGGAGUGCUGGACGACAACGCUAGAGCGAGCUAGAGGAGUGGUUUAAAACCUGUAGUGUAAAGUCUACUUUUAAGGUGAAUUUCGACUAAAAUAAAUACAAACUUUGAGAAGUGCAACAAAAAACCUGAUGGCAAACAUUGUAGACAGAUGAAGAUCUUGCCAAUAAUCGCACUGAAGAAUUUAGUUGUAACUGAAAUAUUAUUUAUUACAGCCGGUAAUGUUUAAAGUGAAAGUGGCUAAGAGCAGCUGUACUCUUGGUGUCUAGUCUACCUCUCCAGGAUGGCUGUUGGUCUUAAACAGGUGAAUCAAACAGAAUCACUGAGCCCCAUACCCUACCGAGUAUGGAAGAUACACUUUCUUUAAUAUAUAAAUAUUAGCUAAGGAGCAGUGCAAAGUCUGGGUGAAGACAUUUAUGGUAAAGUGAGUUAAUCUUGUAAACUAAUAUACUAAUUAGCCAUAUGAGAAGGGGGUCAAUGGGUUCUGACCAGAACUCCACUCAAGCAUAUUGAAUUUGACUUGCUUCUUUCAAACUUUAUAAGAUUUGAAGCUUUGCUAUUUGCAUGUUAGAGUACAUGUAGGUUUUUGCUGUACUGUGAAAUGACCUUGACACACACACAAUGUCUACAAGGGAUGUUAUGGAGUGUGAGGGAGAACUGACUGACUGACUGGCAGGAUUGGGGGCGGGGAAGGGGCGAUUGGUGUCCUUACGAGAUGGGGGAAAUCUUGAGAUGGACAAUUAGGGGUGUUAAGGAGGGAGAGGUAGCACCAACCCAAGAGGGUUGGAGUAGGUUCUCCAGACCAACACUGGCUGCUCCCUUGUAAAUUUUACUUUUAUCAUACUUAAUAAAGUCUGUCUGGUUCUCACUGACGGCUCUUGUUUAUAAAAAUAAACUUUUGUUGAUUUACAAUAAAAAAUCUAUAUAAAGUAA